AUGUUUGUUAUAUUGAGACUUUUCCUCCGUUUCCAGAUCAGAAACUGGUUCCAGAACAGGCGGAUGAAGCUGAAGAGGACCGUGCAGGACGCGCUCGCUCACGCCUGCCAGGCAAACGUCGCCUCUCAGUUCAUGCAUUACCCCCCCGAGCUGCAGGCUUACAGGCCGGGACCGUACCCCAGAUAUCACUCAGCAGCAGCAGCAGCAGCAGCAGCAGGACAGGAAGCUCCAGCCGCUGCUUCAUACGUGCAUCCACACAGCCUGCAGUACAGCUCUGCCCUGCCUCUGGACUCUUUCUACCAGUACAGCAGCCUGCCAGGAGUGAUUCUGCCUUCCUCCAAUCAACUCACCCACUACCCGACUUACCCUCAAUAUUACUGA